UUCAUCACAAAUUUUGUUUACCUACACUAAAAUUUACAAUAAUAUGAACGAUGAAUUUGAUACUCUAUUAUUUAACUAUGAAACCACUCACCGGACAGACUACCGCAUAAGAGAAUUCCAACUACCCCAAUGUUUACAAAUAGAUAAAACUGCGCCCACACCAUGUGUUAAAACAAGAACCCCAUCAGAUGCUCUGAAGGACAUCCAUACUUUGUCCGACUGGAAGAGAGAGUGCGUCCCGUUUGAUCUGUUUAUACAUCGAAAAGAAAUAUUGCGGACCAACCCGACACACAUGCAGAAGGCUUAUGCAAAACCGCAGGACCUUGAGAGAGAGCGAGUCCAGAAGACGCGGCCACGACUUAUAAUGACACCCGCCGUCAGCAUUGACGAUAUAGAGUCCCAGGAGGCUCGUCAGCUGUUGAUAUCGGACGUGUACCUGUCGGAGUCGGAGCGCGCACGGCGCGACGUCACCGGCCCCACGUUGGGCGCCAAAACCGUCCCGUUUCUACAACUACCCGCACCCGCUAACCCGAUAACUCUACCACCGCUUCUGCCGCCGUACGUGAGCCCGGAGUGGCGGCUGCGAUCCGCGUCGUGGGACAGACGGCAGCUGCGCGCGCGCGUCGACGCGCACAGGGAGUUCUUCCUCAGGAGACAAACGAAGAUCGCAUAAAUAACUUGUGCAGUCUACGGGCAUGAUUGUGGUAUACUGUGCCUUCAAUCUUGAUAAAUAAAAGGGUAUUU